UCGCGUCUGGGAGGUGCAAAGGUCCGAUCGCUCAGCCGCUUUUAAAGGAGCGCGGAGGGGCCAAUUACACAACUUUGAAUUUCUCCUCUGCCGCGGUGUGAGGUAACCGGCCGGCGUGGCGCUGGUCUCUCCGUGGAGCUGCCGUCCUUUUUUUUAAAAAAAAGCUCGACCAGCUCUCCUAAAGCGACUCCUGCAACAUGCCAGCCAUGCGUGCGCAGCUUCUGUCGCCCAGAACCCUGCAGCUUCUGCGCCCGGGGCGAAACGCGCUGUUGUCCGCCGGCGCCGGCGGAGCGCACCGGGGUGGCGGUGCUCCCAGGUUCCGCUCACUGACCUCUCCCCCUCUGUCCUCCUCUUCUUCUCCUCCUCCUCCUCCCGGCAGAGCCUUGUCCAGUUUGAGCACUACGCGGCGUGGACUUCCCAAGGAGAAAAUGUCCGAGAACGGGAUGAUGUCCCGGGCCAAGGUGCUGACCAUCGACACCAUGAACCCCACCGUGAAGAAGGUGGAGUACGCCGUGCGGGGGCCCAUCGUGCAGCGCGCCGUGGAGCUGGAGAGGGAGCUGAGUGAGGGAAUGAAGAAGCCCUUCACCGAGGUCAUCAAGGCCAACAUCGGUGACGCUCAUGCCAUGGGUCAGCAGCCAAUCACGUUCUUCCGACAGGUACUGGCACUGUGCUCUUAUCCUGAGCUGCUGAGCGACAGCGCAUUCCCAGAGGAUGCUAAAAGUAGAGCAUGUCGCAUUCUGAACUCCUGCGGAGGAAACAGCAUGGGUUCCUACAGUGCCAGUCAGGGCAUAGAGUCCGUACGCCAGGAUGUGGCUCGUUACAUCGAGAGGCGUGACGGCGGCGUGCCCUGCGAUCCAGACAACAUUUACCUCACCACCGGGGCCAGCGACGGCAUUGUGACCAUGCUGAAGCUGCUGGUGUGCGGCGAAGGUGCGAUGCGCACCGGCGUCAUGAUCUCCAUACCUCAGUACCCGCUGUAUUCGGCUGCGCUCGCUGAGCUCGGCGCCGUGCAGAUCAACUAUUACCUUAACGAGGACAAGUGCUGGAGUCUGGAUAUCGAUGAGCUUCAGCGAGCUUUGAAUGAGGCCAGACUCUACUGCAACCCCCGAGCCUUGUGCAUCAUCAACCCUGGAAACCCCACAGGUCAGGUGCAGAGCAGAGAGUGCAUCGAGGAUGUAAUCCGAUUCGCUGCAAAAGAACGGCUCUUCCUGAUGGCUGAUGAGGUGUACCAGGAUAACGUGUACGCCGAGGGUUGCCAGUUCCACUCGUUCAAGAAGGUCCUGUUUGAGAUGGGCCCGGAGUACUCUGAGACGGUCGAACUGGCAUCGUUCCACUCUUCCUCAAAGUGUUACAUGGGCGAGUGUGGCUUCCGCGGAGGCUACAUGGAGAUCAUAAACAUGGACGACGACGUGAAAGCCCAGUUGACCAAGCUGCUGUCGGUGCGUCUGUGUCCUCCCGUUCCUGGACAGGCUCUGAUGGACCUGGUGGUCAACCCCCCUCAGCCUGGGGAACCUUCCUAUGAGCGCUUCAUCAAGGAACGCACAGCUACAUUAAGUGUCUUAGCAGAGAAGGCCAAACUUACCGAGCAGGUACUCAAUACUGUGGAGGGCAUCCGCUGCAAUCCUGUGCAGGGAGCGAUGUACUCCUUCCCUCGCCUGACCAUCCCUGAAAAGGCCCUUCAAGAGGCCAAGGAACUGGGUCAGCUGCCGGACAUGUUUUACUGCAUGAAGAUGCUGGAAGAGACAGGAAUUUGCCUCGUUCCUGGAAGCGGUUUUGGCCAAAAGGAGGGAACCUACCACUUCAGAAUGACCAUCUUGCCACCGACAGAUAAGCUGAAGAUCCUGCUGAACAACGUUAAGGAGUUCCACCAGAGGUUCACCCAGCAGUAUUCUUAGAUGAAAGCAUCUAUUGGACCUCCGCUUCGUUAGGAGGAGAUAUUGCCAACCACACUAAAAAGUCUAAGCCAAUCAGAAUAUAUCUGUCCCUAAUAAGUGCCUUUUCUACGACCGUUUCUCUGGUGGUCCCCGUGACGAAGCACUUAUAGCCAAGCUCAUUUGGACUUUUACGGACCCAGUUUACAGGGGAACUGGAGAAAAAAGAAAAAAAAAAAAACUGGAAAUGAAUAACAGACGGCCCUGUCUUAGUUUUGGUGCACAAAGUGCGGCUUCCUGUAAAGUCUGUGAUGUUUAACUUUCAAAGACGGUGAAUACUCUCUGGGUACGACGGGGCUUACGGUAACUGUUGAUGCGAAACUGAAAAAAACAGGCGGUGCAGUUAAAGACAAAGGUAAAAUCUCAAAAAAUGUUUUAACUGGUUGAUAAAACGCCAUUCCUGCAGACUAAACUUGAUUGUGAGAAUAUACGUAAAAAGUCUCACUUGCAUGACGUUUCAAUAGGCAUUAAUUUUAUAGAGUAGUAAUAACUGUACGAAUGUCUUUUAUGAGUUUAUGACCUUUUACAAUUAGAGAAAUAAUUGUUCUUUUUUGAGUUUUAAAAUCGGAUCAUGGAUUUUCUUUGCUUUCGUUGUUUACUGUAUUGAAAGUUUUAUUUUUUUAUUUGUCAAAACACAAAUGUAGACGGGUUUAUUGUUUUUACUUAAUUUUACCUAAUCUUGAAAAGUUUACUCUCUUUUUUUCUUCUUCUUCUUUACUUUAGUUUUAUUUUCUUAAUUGAAACAGAAUGCAGCACAUUUGUCAUCUCACACGUCACUUUUUUUGCUGUACAUACAGGGCUCUUAAAAUGUCACCGGUUUAAGAAGAUUUGUUGAUCAUUAAACACGGCAGUUUAAUGUUUUAAAGGAGCAGUGACAACUUUUCCUUCAUUUUUUUUUUUAGAUUAAUUUGUUUAGUUUAAAGCAAAGAGCCUCUGCAUAAUGAUCCCAGCUGGGGUGGUGCUGCUUCAGCCUGAUUUGGAUCAGAAGCCGUUGAGUUUCUCCAACAAACUCUUGAUUAAAAUUGCUGCACAACUGGGAUUAGUGAGCACUUCACUGACUGAGUAUCCAUUUUCAUCUCCUCCUGUUAGGAAGUGAGCACAGUGUUCUUUUACACAAAAAACUCAAGAAAUACACGUAUAAUUAUUCCUCCUUCACCUACCCUACUAUGAAGUUCACUGAUUUGAUCUCUAAAACAAAAUUCAUUGAUUAUUUUCUUUUUAAAACACAUUUGUCCAACAGUGAAAACAUAAUAAAUUCAACCUUUUUUUUUCUUUUUCUUUUUUGCUUAGUCGUAAAGUUUUAGUUUCCCAGUUAGUUUUUCUUCUGAUUUAAUAUGAAUAAAGGUAACUAACAAUUGCUCAGCAUUUUUUUCAGAAAGGCUUAUGCAAAGUCUUAUAUUACUUUUACUAAAUAGUUUUCAUUUUCAAAACUAUUACAUUUAAUUCUGCUACUCACCACUGCAACGAUCAAGUUUCUAAAAUAAUUCCUUAAACUAAGACGUAUCUUUACAGUCAGUUGUGUUUUGCAGCUCUGUCCAGGUCCUCAAGGUUAAAAAGCUUUUGGAUCCUUAAGCGCCUGAACACAACUGAACUUUGCUUCGUUUCUCCCCAGACGGGCUGAGGCUGGUGUGAAGAUUUUCACACUUUGGUAACUUUGAGUUAAAAAAACCAACAUAUUUCCAGAAAACACGAUCCGUUUUUAUUUAAAACAUAAAAGCAACAAUUAUAUUACCUAUAUUCAUUUUAACAUUCAUUUUACCCUUAAUACAUAGAUUUUUAAACACGUGUAGAAAAAAAAAGCAUCAAUUUGUAGACGUUAAGUGAUCAUUUAGCUAGAAUAUUAUACCUCGGUGCCAUUUUGCUCUUAAUAGAGUAACACAAGUACCGGUUAGUCAGGCCGUCUGCUCCAGCAGCUAGCCUGCAGCGCGAUGCCGAUCAGAAAUGUCGGUAUUCGUUUUCCCGGUUUGUUUCCCAAAAAGUGUUACUUUUAUAAGAGAGAUGGUUGGUGCUCCUCAGCUUAGAAAUGUUUGCAAACAGCCAAAUUUAUCUUCCUUGAAAGCAAUGCUUUAUUAUGGCAAGCUGAGCAGCAGUGCACAGCAACAAAUUGGGACGGAGCAGUGCUUGAUCACUCUGUCCUCCAUACAGCUUGAGAAAACCCUGGUACCUCCGUCCCUUUCUCUGUUAUCUUUUAAAAAAAGGGGGUUUAAACUAUAGAAACUGUAUUACAGACACAUUUUUUAUAUAUAUAUAUAUAUAUAAUUCUCUAUAUACAUUGCUGCUGAUAACCAGCUCAUGCCUGUUCCAAGAUGCAUAUGGUGGUAGUCUGUCUGUCUGGUUCAAAUGUUCUGCUGGAACAAUCUGUUCUCCCCCAGAACAUAAUAUAUAUAAACUUUUUUCUUUUCUUUUUUUUUUGUCCCGAAUGACUUGUUUUCAAGUACCUUUUAGGGUCCAAACAUGGCCAGCAGGUAUAUGCUGAAGGUUUAUUUUUAUUUAUUUGUUAGCCCGCUUAAUCCCUCUUGUCCUGGACACUGCAGCCAAACUCACGGACCCUAGACCCAAAACCAAGGAGCUCCCCGCUUCCCAGAGAGAGGAAUGUACCUGCUUGCCUUCGCCGCUGGUAAAACUUUGAAGGAGGACGUGUUGCUGAGAUCAAACUCGACAGAGAGGUCUUGGUGUGGACGGUGGAAAAGCCUCCAAGAUCAAAGAACUUCAGACUGACGAGGAUUCGAGAACAUUCUGCUUUCCAUUCACAGAGCUGUGACUGUAUCGAUGCGCUUAAACGAUGAGAUUAAAAAUAUGAAUAUGUCUGUG